AUGGGUAACGCGCAAUCACUCCUCGAUCUUGUAGCCAACCGAUGGCCACUACUUGUCACUGCAUUACUUGCCUGCUUUAUGGCCGCCGUCGCUCCCAGAGUCGUUAACUUACUGCGACUAUGGACCAUCCCCACCAUCGGUGAGGAGCUUGGUAACACGGAGAAGCGCAGACAGGCGUACUUGGGAGGAGCCAGGAAGUUGUACUCAGCAGGGUAUCAGAAGUUCAAGGAUGGCGUUUUCCUGAUAACGACAUCGCGAACUUCUCCGACCAUCGUCAUCUCACCUGACUUUCUCCCCGAGCUUAAGAAGCUUCCUGAUUCUGCUUUAAGCAUGGAAGCUGCCGUUGAUGAGUCGAUGGAAACCAAAUACACCAAGAUCGAGACAUCAGUACCCAUCAUUGCACAUACUAUCAAAGGAGAAUUGACUCCAUCUUUAUCCCGACUGAGUUUGAUCAUCGCAAGUGAGGUCAGAGACUCAAUGAAUUUGAACAUGCCACCAUGCGAUGACUGGACAGAAGUCAACAUUCAUCACGCUCUCCUUCGUAUCGUCGGCAUGGUAUCAGGUCGCAUGUUCAUUGGCCCCGAAUUGUGUCGCUCCGAGCAAUAUCUCGACGCAGCCAUCAACUACACCAUGGAAGUCAUGGGCGCCCAGCGUGCCGUUCAAAACAUGCGCCCUUGGUUACGACCUUUCCGGGCCCAAAGCCUCCCCGAGGUAAAGAAACUGUACCAGCGGAUUGCAGAAGCUGAAGUCUUCCUGGAGCCGGUGGUAAAGCGUAGAACCGACGCAAUGAAUGAUCCAUCAUAUGAGAAGCCGGAUGAUUUCUUGCAGUGGCUCAUUGACGGAAAAGACAGGUUUCCUGAUAAGAAUAGCCAGAAUCUUGCCAAGGUGCAACUGGGUCUCACUUUUGCCGCCGUUCACACUACGACACUGACAGCAACAAAUGCAUUCUAUGAUUUGGCAGCCUUGCCUGACCUGCAGACUGAGCUUCGUGAAGAGGCCCGUGAAGCAUUGUCGCAGAGCGGCGGCCAGUUCACGAGCAACGCCCUGCAAUCCAUGAAGAAGAUGGACAGUUUCCUCAAGGAGACACUUCGGGUCCAUCCUGCAACCAUGGCCUCCUUCCAGCGCAAGGUCCUCAAACCAUUUACCCUAUCCAACGGCCAGGUCAUCCCAGCCGGAGUGACAAUAGAGAUCCCUGCUGUUGCGGUCAGCUCCGACUCCAACGUCUUCCCACACGCCGAGAAAUUCGACCCACUGAGGUUCUACAGACUUCGCACUGAGGCCAAAGACGGCGGGUCAGUUGAAAAAGCAGCAAACAACCAAUUUGUCAGUGUGAACCAGAGCAGCUUGACCUUUGGGUAUGGUCGACAUGCAUGCCCUGGAAGGUUCUUCGCCGCAAACGAGAUCAAGAUGAUUCUGGCCCAUGCAUUGCUGCAAUAUGAUGUCAAGAACUUCGGCGAUGCUACUGAACGAUACCCUAACAUGGAGUUUGCUCAUAUGUCUAUUCCGGAUCCUUCCAAGAAACUCAUGUUUAAAUCGAUUGAGGUGUGA